AUGCACAAAUUUCUUCACCUCUUUUUUGUUGUUGUACCUCUUGGUAUCUCUUCUCAAACUGGUUUGUUUUUGCUACACAAAUCUGCCCAAUUUCCCUCCUUCGAGGGUUACUUCACAGAUAUGAAACGAUUACGAGAUGAUGUAUUUAGUAACUCUCAAAUUAAGCGACCUUUUGGUUCAUCUCGUGGAGAAUCAUACGGCCAACCCCAAAUCCCUGGAGGAGGGGGAGGAGGAGGAGGAGGAGGUGAAGCAGCAGGAGGGGUAGGUGGUGGAGGAGGUGCUAGUAGUGCCCAAAAGCUCACUACAAAUGAUGCUUUGACAUAUUUAAAAGAGGUUAAGGACAUGUUUCAAGAUCAAAGAGAAAAAUACGACAUGUUUCUUGAUGUUAUGAAAGACUUUAAAGCUCAAAGAAUUGAUACUACUGGAGUCAUAGCAAGAGUGAAAGAAUUGUUUAAAGGGCACAAUAAUCUUAUUUUUGGGUUCAACACUUUCUUGCCAAAAGGCUAUGAAAUUACAGUUAUUGAAGAUGAUGAGGCUCCACCAAAAAGAACCAUAGAGUUUGAGGAAGCUAUAAGCUUUGUAAACAAAAUAAAGAAACGUUUUCAAAAUGAUGAUCAUGUUUACAAGUCGUUUCUAGACAUCUUGAAUAUGUAUAGAAAGGAACACAAGGGUAUCAAUGAAGUCUACCAUGAGGUUGCCACACUUUUUGAUGAUCAUCCUGAUCUUCUUGAUGAAUUUACAAGAUUUCUACCUGAUGCUUCUGCUGCUGCAUCUGCACAUCAAGCUUCAUUUCUAAGGCAAUCUUACAACCGAUAUGAUGAAAGAAGCUCAGCUAUGGCUCCUUUAAGGCAUACACAAAUAGAUAAACAACGAGGGAGGAGAGAUAAGAUUAUUCCUCCACAUGGAGAGCGGGACCCAAGUGUUGAAGGUCAUGAAAUGGAAGAUGAUAAAACAAUGAUGAAACUUCACAAGGAGCAAAGAAAACGAUCUGAAAAAGAAAUCAGAGAUAGAAGAAAUCGUGAUCAAGAUUUUAAAGAGCCUGAUAUUGAUGCUAAUAGGGACAUGAAACAUCUUGAAAAAAGAAAAUCUGCACGAAAAGUUGAAGAUUUUGGAGUGAAUUCGGGUUUAGCUCCAUAUGAUGAUAAAGAUGCUCUUAAAAGUUUAUAUAGCCAAGAAUUUACUUUCUGUGAGAAAGUGAAGGAUAGAUUACGCAAUACAGAUGAUUAUCAAGCUUUCUUGAAGUGUCUACAUAUCUUUAGCACUGAAAUAAUUACAAGGAAAGAGUUACAGAGCUUGGUUUCAGAUUUACUCGGAAAGCACCCAGAUCUUAUGGAAGGAUUCAGUGCAUUUCUGGAACGUUGUGAAAAUAUAGAUGGAUUCCUUGCAGGUGUGAUGGAUAAAAAAGCUUUAUGGAAUGAAGGGCAUGUCUCAAAAUCAAGUAGGAUAGAGGAGAAAGAGAGAGAACAUAGACGUGAAGCUGAUGCUGCAAAAGAGGACAUGUAUAAAGAGAAAUAUUGGGGAAAAUCAAUUCAAGAACUUGAUCUUUCCAAUUGUCAAAGAUGCACACCUAGUUACAGACUUCUCCCUGAUGAUUAUCCAAUACCUUCAGUAAGCCAAAGAUCAGAGCUUGGAUCUCAAGUACUUAAUGAUCUUUGGGUAUCUGUAACUUCUGGAAGUGAAGAUUAUUCCUUCAAACACAUGCGUAGAAACCAGUAUGAAGAAAGCCUCUUCAGAUGUGAGGACGAUAGGUUUGAGCUGGAUAUGUUAUUGGAAUCUGUGAGUUCAACAUCUAAACGUGCAGAAGAUUUGUUGAACAACAUCAACAACAAGUCAAUCACUACAGAAGGACCCAUUCGUAUUGAAGAGCAUUUCACAGCUCUUGAUUUGAGGUGUAUUGAACGUUUAUAUGGUGAUCAUGGGCUUGAUGUGAUGGAUAUAUUGAGAAGAAAUCCAUCUCUUGCAUUACCUGUUAUAUUGACUCGAUUGAAACAAAAACAAGAAGAUUGGUCAAAGUGUAGGUCUGACUUUAACAAGGUGUGGGCUGAAAUAUAUGCAAAGAAUCAUUACAAAUCAUUAGAUCAUCGUAGCUUCUAUUUCAAGCAACAAGAUUCAAAGAAUCUCAGCACCAAAUCAUUGGUGGCUGAAAUCAAAGAAAUAAAGGAAAAAAGCCAGAAAGAUGAUGAUGUUGUAUUGAGUAUUGCGGCUGGAAGUCGUCACUACAUAGUUCCAAAUCUUGAAUAUGAAUUCAAAGACAAAGACAUUCACGAAGACUUAUUAAAACUCAUAAAAUAUUCAUGUGAAGAAAUCUGCACAUCAAAGGAACAAUUAAACAAAGUCUUAAGGCUAUGGACCAGUUUCUUGGAGCCAAUUUUAGAUGCUGAUUGUGAUAAUGGGGCUCAAACUACAUUACCUGAUCAAGAUUCAAACAAGAACAGUUUGGUCAAUGGAGAUGGUUUGACUUUGACCAAGGAAGAAGACUUAAAGACCAUGGUGAAUGGAGAUAAAGUGUCAAACUCUAAUGGAACAUGGGGUUUGGAUUCUGGUCCUGUAGAUUUAUCUGGGCGUGAAGCAAGUACUUCUAGACCUAAUAAUGUUAAUGAGGAUGCUCAUGAAUCCAAGUCUAAGAUUGACAAAAUUCCUUCAUCACAGCAUCGGGAUCUCAUAACAGCUGCAAACGGAGGAGGUUUGAAUGAAGCAGCUAAAAUUGAGAAAGAAGAGGGCGAAUUAUCUCCAAAUAAUGAUUUUGAUGAGGGCAAUUUCGUCAGAUAUGGAGAUAACAAUUCACACAGGGGUGGUGGUGGUGGUGGUGAUGACGAGGACAGUGUGAAUGUCUCUGAGGGCGGCGGUGAUGUCUCCGGCAGUGAGUCAGCCGCCGAUGAUUGUUCGCAGGAAGAUCAUGAAGAAGGUGAUGAUCUUGAUGGUGAUGGUGAUGGUGAUGGUAAGGCGGAGAGUGAAGGGGAGGCUGAGGGGGUGGAGGAGGAUGGUGGUGGUGGUGAUUUGACGAUUUUGCCCCCGUCUGAGCAAUUUUUGUCAACUGCAAAGCCAUUAGCAAAACGUGUUGCAGCUCCUUUAUGUGAUAAUGGUGAAAUAAAAGAUUUGCAUGUCUUUUAUGGGAAUGAUAGCUUUUAUGUCCUCUUUAGGCUUCAUCAAGUUUUAUAUGAAAGGCUUUUAUCAGCAAAACUGAAUUCAACAUCUGCUGAAACAAAGUGGAGAAGCUCCAACAAGGACACUUCCUCUCCAGAUCUCUACUCAAGAUUUAUGAGUGCUUUAUACAACUUGCUUGAUGGGUCAGCUGAUAAUGCAAAAUUUGAAGACGAUUGUCGUGCAAUUUUAGGGAAUCAAUCUUAUGUGUUAUUCACUUUGGAUAAAUUAAUUUAUAAACUUGUCAAACAGCUUCAAAGUGUUGCAGGUGAUGAAAUGGACAACAAACUUCUUCAAUUAUACGAAUAUGAAAAAUCAAGAAAACCAGAGAAAUUUAUUGAUUCUGUUUACUAUGAAAACGCACAUGUGCUUCUUCAUGAUGAAAACAUCUACAGAUUUCAAUGUUUGACCGGUCCCACGUCUCGUUUGACCGUUCAAUUGAUGGAUGAUGGAAAUGAAAAGCCUGAAGUGGUUGCUGUUUCUGUGGAUCCUCAUUUUGCUUCUUAUCUUUAUAAAGAUUUUCUUUCUGUUGCUCCUACAAAAAAACAAUCUGGCAUCUUAAUGAACAGAAAUAAAAGAAGAUUUCCGGAUGUGGAUGAAUCUUCGAGCAUAACGGUUGCCAUGGAAGGUGCUGAUGUGGUGAAUGGAUUGGAGUAUAAGAUGUCUUGUAGCUCAUCAAAGAUAUCAUAUGUGCUGGAUACAGAAGACUACUUUAGACUUCAGUCUCAGUUUGAUUCUCAAAUACAAAGAAAUUUAGGUGAGAGCAAAUGGGAGCGCUAUGUAAACAGAUGUUUGUGAAGAUUUUAUAUAUAAAAGAAAAGAAAAGAAAAGAUGUUGGGUUGGGGUUGUGUAAAUAUGGGGGAUGUGGUCAAUUUAAUCGAAUGUUGUGAAAGUUUAACGUUGUUUGUAACAUUAGAAGAAGAAUCGCAAUAGAAGGAUUGUUGUUUGUUUUUUUUUAAGGUUGGUUGUUUGUGGUUAGUUGACGCCGUGAGUCUUUGAAGCUCUGCUUUCUGUUAGGUUGGGCUAUCUUAGAUUUGUACAGAGCUUAGCUUACUACUACUACUACUACUACUACUUUUUGUCUUUUUUUUUAACUGUUGGUGACACAAUUAUUAAUAGGGUGUAAG